UCCGGGGGGACGCUGAGGGCUGCCCGGAGUGGCCUCGGCCGUUCCUCGGCCUCCCGGGAAACUCGAGCGCCCGAGCGGACUCGCGGUGACGGGUUUGGCGUUGUGGUUGUGACCGUAUUUGUGGGUCCGCUCAGGGGUGGCUCCUGUGCCCCCCUCUUCCUCCUCGAGUCUCCUCCCGACCUUCCAGGUCUCUCGGCUCUGUGAAGAGAGUUGCAUCUUCGUUUUACGUACUUUUUUCUGUUCUCCAAGACUGGGCGGAUGUUUCUGGACCCCAUGAGGCCUGAGCGCCUCCCCGUGGGAAGACACUAGCCUGGGAAGACGCCGGAGCCUCUCCUGUCCACCAUGUCAGGAAGCCACAUCCCUCCUGCUAGCGGCCCCUUCUCAGCCCUGACUCCGAGCAUGUGGCCCCAAGAGCUCCUGGCCAAGUGCGCGCAGAGGGAAGAGUCAGCGGAGCGACCAGAGUUCUGCUACGAUGAGUUCGGUUUCCGUGUGGACCAGGAAGAUGGUGUUGCAGACCCCAGUUCCAGCAGGCUGCUGGGGGUGUCUCUGGUGGAGGACCCCCCGCAGAGGCUGCGGUGGCAGGCCCACCUGGAGUUCACCCACAACCACGACGUGGGGGACCUCACCUGGGACAAGAUCGCCGUCUCCCUGCCCCGCUCGGAGAAGCUCCGCUCCCUGGUGCUGGCCGGCAUCCCGCACAGCAUGAGGCCACAGCUAUGGAUGCGACUCUCAGGCGCCCUGCAGAAGAAGAGGAGCUCCGAGCUGUCGUACCGGGAGGCGGUGAAGAACAGCUCUGACGACGAGACCGUCGCUGCCAAACAGAUCGAGAAGGACCUGCUCCGCACCAUGCCCAGCAAUGCCUGCUUUGCCAGCGUGGGCAGCAUCGGCGUCCCGCGCCUGCGCAGGGUCCUCCGCGCGCUGGCCUGGCUCUACCCGGAGAUCGGCUACUGCCAGGGCACCGGCAUGGUGGCCGCCUGCCUGCUGCUCUUCCUGGAGGAGGAGGACGCCUUCUGGAUGAUGUGCGCCAUCGUCGAGGACCUGCUCCCCGCCUCCUACUUCAGCACCACCCUGCUGGGCGUCCAGACGGACCAGCGAGUCCUGCGCCACCUCAUCGUCCAGUACCUGCCUCGCCUGGACAAGCUGCUCCAGGAGCAUGACAUUGAGCUGUCCUUGAUCACGCUGCACUGGUUCCUCACGGCCUUCGCCAGCGUCGUGCACGUCAGGCUGCUGCUGCGCCUCUGGGACCUGUUCUUCUACGAGGGCUCCCGGGUGCUGUUCCAGACCACGCUGGGCAUGCUCCGCCUCAAGGAGGAGGAGCUGAUCCAGUCGGAGAACUCGGCCUCCAUCUUCAACACGCUGUCAGACAUCCCGUCUCAGAUCCAGGACGCCGAGCAGCUGCUGGGGGAGGCCAUGCGGCUGGCCGGCUCCCUCACCGACGUCGCCGUGGAGACUCAGCGCCGCAAGCACCUGGCCUACCUCAUGGCGGACCAGGGCCAGCUCCUGGGGACGAGCGCCACCACCACCCUCUCUCAGGUUGUCCGCCGCCGGACCCAGCGGAGGAAAUCCGGCAUCACCUCCCUGCUCUUCGGUGAGGACGACCUGGAGGCGCUCAAGGCCAAGAACAUCAAGCAGACGGAGCUGGUGGCCGACCUCCGCGAAGCCAUCCUGCGAGUGGCGCGCCAUUUCCAGUGCACCGACCCCAAAAACUGUAGUGUGGAACUGACCCCGGACUACAGCAUGGAGAGCCACCAGCGGGACCACGAGAACUACGUGGCCUGCUCGCGCAGCCACCGGCGCCGGGCCAAGGCCCUGCUGGACUUCGAGCGCCACGACGACGACGAGCUGGGCUUCCGCAAGAACGACAUCAUCACGAUCAUCUCCCAGAAGGACGAGCACUGCUGGGUCGGGGAGCUGAACGGCCUUCGAGGCUGGUUUCCAGCCAAGUUCGUGGAAGUCCUGGAUGAGCGGAGCAAGGAGUACUCCAUUGCGGGGGACGACGCGGUCACCGAGGGUGUCACGGACCUUGUGCGAGGGACGCUCUGCCCGGCCCUCAAGGCCCUGUUUGAACACGGACUGAAGAAGCCGUCUCUGCUUGGGGGCGCCUGCCACCCCUGGCUGUUCAUUGAGGAGGCAGCCGGCCGGGAGGUCGAGAGAGACUUCGACUCGGUGUACUCGCGCCUGGUGCUGUGCAAGACCUACAGGCUGGAUGAAGACGGCAAAGUGCUGACCCCGGAGGAGCUGCUGUACCGGGCGGUGCAGUCCGUGAACGUGAGCCACGACGCGGCGCACGCACAGAUGGAUGUCAAGCUCCGCUCGCUCAUCUGCGUGGGGCUCAAUGAGCAGGUCCUGCACCUGUGGCUGGAGGUGCUGUGCUCCAGCCUGCCCACCGUGGAGAAGUGGUACCAGCCCUGGUCCUUCCUGCGCAGCCCCGGCUGGGUCCAGAUCAAGUGCGAGCUCCGCGUCCUCUGCUGCUUCGCCUUCAGCCUCUCCCAGGACUGGGAACUCCCUGCGAAGAGAGAGGAGGAGAAGAAGCCCCUGAAGGAGGGCGUGCAGGACAUGCUGGUGAAGCACCACCUCUUCAGCUGGGACAUAGACGGGUGACCCGCGCCGGCGCGCCACACGCAGCCCGGCCUCCCCCACGGCGCCGGUGACCAGAGCAGCCCUGCCCGCCCGCGCACGGCCCGGCCCGGCCAGGCUCGCUUUGGGAUGGGGUCUGAGGGGACCCAGGCCCACCCCAAGCUGUGGGGUGAAGGCAAGACGCCUUGGAGCUGAGGCCGGGCACCCAGGUAGGGCGCUCGGGGCCACCACCGGUGGCAGCAGAAGGCAGGGGCCCGGCUCAGCCUGUCGUGCCUGUGGGGGCCCCGCCCCAGCUCCACUGCUGGUGCCAACCAAAAACCUCGUAGGCGCGCCCGUCAGGUUCUUCUCAGGAAGGGGGGGGGGGUUCGGGGCGCCUUGACCUCUCUGUAAAUAAACCGUCUUGGAGAAAGUGCCGCCCGCCUCUGUCCCGCAGGACCGCGCGGCCUUCCGUCCGAGGCGCUGCCCCUCCUGGAACCGUCUCGAACACACACGGCCAGGCCAUGCCACCCGCCCCCUCGGGGGAUUGAACAAGACGGACCAACAAACGGUGUUUGUGAUUUUAUUUUAAAAAAUUCACACGGCCCCUCCCCUUCCCAGCGCCCUCUGCGUGACAGCGACGGGC